GCACAUUGAAAUUGAAUCUGCAGUUUGAAUUUACUUUUAUUCAAAUUCGAAAAUCAGAUCAGAUGAUCAUGAUUCUGAAAUUACUCUUUUUUAUAACCUAGUCGUCGUUUUAUACAGUGGAUGAUCAAAGAGAAAAUUUGGAACUUUGCGCCACAGGGCUCCCGUCAAGCCAGUGCCAGCUUCACUGCAUUCUGGCUGACGUCCUGUUGAUUUCCAGCAAACAAAGAUUUUAUCGCAAUGGCAUGCCCUAUGACUUGGCUUAGGAUAGGGGGUGCCUGUGUGUUCCCACAUAUUGGCGGCAUCGCAGGUAGUGUGAUCACAAGAAAGGAGGUCAAGACAUGGUACGAGGGACUAGAUAAGCCAUCGUGGAGACCACCAAACUGGGCAUUUGGCCCUGUGUGGACCAGUCUCUACACAGCGAUGGGGUAUUCAUCCUACUUGGUGUGGAGAGAGGGUGGUGGGAUAAAUAGCACCACCAAGCUGCCGCUUAUCCUGUAUGGGUCCCAGAUAGUGCUGAACUGGGCGUGGACACCCCUGUUCUUUGGAGCACACAAGAUGGGAGCUGCAUUUGUGGAGAUAUUAUUCAUGUGGGGCACAGUUGCCGGCUGCAUCUAUACAUUCUACCCAAUCAGCAAGCUUGCCGCAGGGCUUAUGGUGCCCUACCUGGCCUGGGUAUCCUUGGCUUCAUGCCUCAACUACUCCAUUUGGAAGCGCAACACACCAGCAAUCAAGGAUGAGUGAUCUUGCUCCCUAACUUUGGUUAUCCCCCAUAGGAUAUAAGUUUGAUUAUUUUGAUUUAGGUAGUUUAACCCAUGUAAAAGAUGAUUUCUUAAGCUUUGAUAAUGUAAGUCAAAAUGAAAUUAAUGAAUUCAAAUGAAAUUCAAAUCAAAGAAAUAUCAAGAAAGUAUCUUAAUUAUGCAUCCAUACACUAUCAUGCUUGUCAUUGCUACUCCUUAUUGUUAUAAAAAUUUAAAAAGUCUAAAAAAUAAAAAAUAAAAAUAAUAUGAACACAG